UCCUCUGUCUGCUUGAUCAAGUUCUCUCUUUGCCUUGUGAGCUGGUGAUAAUCUGAUUGGGCACUCGAUCUCAUCUGUUACAAUCUCACGACAAUCUCACGACAAUCUCACGGGCAUCACUUAUUGCCCUACACUUAGUGCAGCGAUCUAUCUCAUCCUACCUACUCAAUAGACAAUCCACCAUAUAAUCUCACACACUCCAUAAGCAAUGCCUCAACUCGGGGAAAAGCCCAAGAAGGCCAUCAUCGUCGGCGCAGGCGCCGGCGGCGUAGCCCUCGCCGCCCGCCUCGCAAAGGCAGGCUUCUCCGUCACCGUCCUCGAGAAGAACUCCUUCACGGGCGGCCGCUGCUCCCUCAUGCACCACGAAGGCCACCGCUUCGACCAAGGCCCCUCCCUCUUCCUCCUCCCCCAGCUCUUCCACGAGACCUUCCGGGACCUGGACACCACCAUGGCCGACGCCGGCGUCGACCUGCUGCGCUGCGAGACAAACUACAACAUCUGGUUCCACGACGGCGAGCUCUUCAAGCACUCGUCCGACCUCGCCGCCAUGAAGACGCAGAUUGAGCGCUGGGAGGGAAAGGAUGGCUUCGAGCGGUAUCUCAAGUGGCUCCGGGAGGCUCACACGCACUAUGAGAUCUCCGUCAAGGACGUGUUGCACCGGAAUUUUGGCAAGUUUCUCGAUCUUGCGAGGCCCGGUUUUGUAAGGCACGUUGUGAACCUGCACCCGCUGGAGAGUAUCUGGAGCCGCGCGAGCAGGUACUUCUGGACUGAGAGGCUGCGGAGGGUGUUUACGUUCGCCGUCAUGUACAUGGGCAUGUCACCCUUUGACGCUCCCGCGACGUACUCUUUGCUUCAGUACACCGAGUUCGCCGAGGGCAUCUGGUACCCCCGCGGCGGCUUCCACCAGGUCGUGGCGGCGCUGGUGCGCAUCGGCGAGCGGAUGGGCGUCGACUACCGCCUCAAUACGCCCGUCUCCCGCGUCCUAACAGAUGGCCAGAAGGCGACGGGCGUGGAGCUCGAGUCCGGCGAAUCCCUCACGGCAGACGUCGUUAUCGUCAACGCUGACCUCGUCUACGCCUACGGCAACCUCCUCCCCAAGACCCCCGCCAUCAUGGACUACACAAAGUCUCUCCGCAAGAGGGAGGCCAGCUGCAGCUCCAUCUCCUUUUACUGGUGCAUGGACCGCAAGAUCCCCGAGCUCUCCGUCCACAACAUCUUCCUCGCCGAAGAGUACCAGGAAUCCUUUGACGCAAUCUUCAAGAAGCAUUCCCUCCCAAGCCAGCCCAGCUUCUACGUCAACGUGCCCAGCAGGAUCGAUCCCUCGGCAGCGCCUGAAGGAAAAGACACCGUCAUCGUCUUGGUCCCUGUUGGCCAUCUCCAAGAGUCAAAGGGCGACGGGCCGGGUUUGACGUCGGACCCUAAGCACUGGGACGACAUCGUCGCCCGAGCCCGUGCGGCCGUCGUGGAGAUUGUGAGUGCCAGAACGGGCUGCGCGCCCCUGACUGACUCCGUUACGCAUGAGAUUGUCAACACGCCCCUGACGUGGGAAGAUAAGUUCAACUUGGACAAGGGCGCCAUCUUGGGCUUGACGCAUGGUAUCUUCAACGUCCUGGCUUUCCGCCCGCGCACACGCGCGGAGGGUUUGGAGAACGCGUAUUUCGUUGGCGCCAGCACGCACCCCGGUACCGGCGUGCCAAUCGUAAUGGCUGGUGCCAAGAUCACGGCGGAGCAGAUCCUCGAUGACCGCGGCCUGGAAGUACCCUGGGCUAGGGGCUUUGACGGUAUUUUGAAGCCGCAGAGCCAGUCACCAGGAAAUAAGAAGCUGGAUAACGUGCGGUACGGGUUCCACUUUGGCUCCGAGGAGGUUGCCAUCCUGUCUUUCGGGCUGGUCUUGGCUUUGAUUUACUUCAUAUUUUGGCCUACUGUGCAACCGUGGGUUUGCUGAGCUGGAUAUUCAAGGUAUGAGUGGAAUGAUUAGGUCAUGGUAGCAUCUUUUGGUUAAUAUAGACACGCUACUUCCAAAUUCUUGUUGUCAUAUUACUUGAAUUCCCUGUUGGCCAUGCUCGCUCGAGUACUUACUCCUCAAAGGUGUUACUUAUAAGUACAAUAGCAUUGGCGAGACCUAGAAUCAAUCAGCGGUUAUCGCCAACGAAAAAUUAUAAGUCGGCAGAAUAAGGUCAAGCCACAUUGUAUGUCUCAUAGUGAGCCUUGAGCUACGAUGUUUAGCUCGAGGAGGUAGUAGACAAUACAUCCUAGCUCUCAUUCAAGUCACUCAAAAAUGACAAAAAUGCAG